AUGGGUUCAGUCAAAGCUGUGAUGGAUUAUGAUGAUGGUUAUGAGGAGGAUGAUGAGGAUGAUGAGGAUGAUGAUGAUAGUGUUUUCUCACUGCUUGUGCAAGAUGAAAUUGAUCAACAUGAGUUUGAAAGCUUCACAAGUGAUCAUUAUUAUACUUUGUCUCUGGAUGGUCAUGAUCAAGAUCCAACCGUUCAUCAAGAUGAUGAUCAAGAUCCAACCCUUUGUCUAGACCUUGAUUAUGAUGAGGGCUAUUUGACAGUGCCAUUAUCCCCACCAAGAUCUGUAUUAUACUUUGACUGCAACAUGUGCAUGAAAGUGGCAAGAGAGCCAGUUGUGACUUCAUGUGGGCAUUUAUAUUGCUGGCCUUGUUUGUACAGUUGGUUGAAUAUCUACAGCGCUCAAAGGGAGUGCCUUGUUUGCAAGAGUAGAGUGUUUGAUUCUUUGAUCACUCCUAUUUACAACUGCAGAGACAUCAACUCUGGCUUCAAAGUGCCACCAAGACCAAAGGGGCUUCGUCUCUCUUGA